CUGGUCUAGCAGGGAAGAAUAAACUUCAGUUGUCUUUUCUAAGUAAACUAUAGACUAAUUUACACUCCAGUUUAGCCUAGAAAUGGCAACUUCUUCAUUGUCUAAGGGUUGUUUUGUCUUCAAACCCAGUGACAAAAAGAAAAAGAAAACUUCCACUGUGGAGGAUUAUUUUACCAUUGGCAGUGAAGACACAGCCAACAUUAAUGUCCGGUUCAGACUUUGUCAGAAUCUCUGGGACAAGAUUAAAACCGACACUGGGGUUUUGCAAGAUGAACUCAACAAGAUGAUACUGGACAGUCUGCUGAAGUUCAUCAGAAAGUGCACUUCUACAUUCCAACAUAAAUAUGAUGACUGGGCUUCGCGUAUGAGAGCCAGCGAGAUUCCAACAGCAGCCCUCAGUCUAGGGGUGAACGUGCCCGAUCAUGACAUGACCUUCCAGAGCCUCACCGAGCUGCUCCAGCUCUCUGUUACUCCCUAUGUGGUCUCACUACAAGCCAAAGAGUGUGGAGCACUGAAGCACCUGAUGCAGAAAGUCCUAGAGAGGCUGAUGGGUUCCUGUCUGUCAGUAGAUGAGGAUGAAGACACAGAUCAGUGCAGUACCCAGACCAACCAGAAGAGGGUACACUGUUCCCUCAGCACUCUCUGUGACUGGUACAAGUCCAAGAAGUCCUCUGCUGGUACUCCAGGCAAAAAGCGCAGUUCUGCCAGUAUAGAAGUGGAUCAGCACCAACCCCCCAUUGUAGUGAUCUUCAAAGAUCUGGAGGCUUUCGACCCCAGAGUGUUACAGGACUUCAUCCUUAUCUGCAGCCGCUAUGUUGAGCAACUCCCCCUGAUGUUGAUUUUUGGCAUUGCUACGUCUCCCAGCACCAUCCAGCACAUGCUGCCCCACUCUGUGUCCUCCUUGCUCUGCAUCGAGCUCUUCCAGUCCCUGUCCUGCACUCAGCACCUGGCCACAGUCAUCGACAAGCUGAUCCUGACGUCCCAUUUCCCCUUCAAGCUCAGUGGUAAGGUGCUGCAGGUGCUGGUUAGCAUCUUCCUCUAUCACGACUUCUCAGUACGCAACUUCAUCAAAGGCCUGCAGCUGGCUCUGCUAGAGCACUUCCACUCCCAGCCCCUGAGUGUGCUGUGCUGCAAGAAGGAGGAGGCUGUCGGCCACGUCGCAGAGCUCAGCCAGCAGGAUGUGGAGAGGGUCCGACAGCUCCCUUCCUUCAGGAGGUAUGUAGAGAAACAGGAACCCCAAGAGCAGGUGGAGCUGCUGACCAGUGACGAGCAUGUCAAGGCGGUGUGCCAGACAUGGAUUAAAGACCUCCAUAAAUACCACAAGAACUACUAUCCUAUCCUGAGGUGUCUCCAUGUCCUCACCUCUUCUUUACCCAAGUACCCCCUUGGGAAACAGAUAAGAGAGCUGCACAUUUCCUGUCUGGAAAACGAUGUGUGGGAGAACGAGGAGUACCAGUCAGCCAUGCAGCUGCUCAGGAUGCUGGCUAAAGACGAGCUGGUAACUGCCCUGCAGAAGUGUGCUGAAAUCCUGAAACCUGGCAAGACCAAGAAGACGAGAGCUGCCCUGGUGCAACUGGAGGAGCUUCUGGCUAAAUUCAGCCUGCUAGACAAGGCUGCUGCUGAUGUUACUGCUGGGGAGGAAAUGAGUCCUCCGGGGAAAGGGCUCCCGAUGAAAACAGACCUCUUCCAACUACAGAAGUCACUGCUUGCAAAGAAGGACUCUCUCAGAUCCAAGAAGCUGAGUCAGUUUGAGAAUCUGCGAAACGAAGCACUAGUAUUUAUCGACAGCCUUGUGAGGAUGCAUCUGUCUCCGCCUGACAACCAAACUCUCUACGAGGUGUACUACUACAGCUCCUCAGCCAUCCUGAGACGUCAUCUAAACGCCACGCCUCGCACUUCUAUCCAGACUGCCCUGAGCAACCCCUACCACUACCUACAGAAUAACAGUCUCCGAACAGAGGAAGGGACUGUGUCCAAUGCUGCUCCUGACAUCUGUAUCGUGUACAAGCUCCACCUGGAGUGUGGCCGCCUGAUCAACCUGUAUGACUGGCUGGAGGCUUACUCCACUGUGGUCUCAGCAGCAGAGGGCAAGGAUCCUGACUCGGCAGACUACGGCAAAGUUGAUGAACUCAAGCACGCUCGUUUCAUCCAGGCAGUGUCGGAGCUGGAGUUCCUUGGCUUCAUCAAGUCCACCAAGCAGAAGACAGACCACGUAGCCAGGCUGACGUGGGGAGGCUGCUAGCCUCUGGGUGUGCUGCAGUCAGACCUAUUCACAAAACAAUUAUUGUUUUCCACCUCAUCCCACUUUGCCUUUAAGACAUCCGAUUGCUUAAAUGACUUGGUAUGCACAAGUAUUACAGAAUUGUACUGUCUGAUAGGAAUGCAAUUUAGGCAACCUGGAAUGUGUCCUUCAUGUAUUUUCUCCAUAUCUUGUUCUGGGCAGAAGAAGCUUGGUGAUCAGUCUGACAGUUACACAAUGUGACCACACAAUAUGACUACAGUACACCUCAGGGCAUUGGAGAUGUUGAUGACGGGGGAGGGGAACAUGGGCGCGUUGUCGUUGGUGUCCUUGACGACGAUCUUGAUUUUGAUCGGCCGGAAGUAGUCGUUGGGUAGGAUGACCACCUCGAUCUAAUUAUUUGCCUGAAAAUCCAGUUGGGCAAUUGUUUUCUAAUGAUUGCAAUGAGGUGCUCUGUGUAACUAUGUUUGGUUUAUGGGAAAAAAGUUGGGUUCACUCAUUGCAAAUGUAAAAUGUACAUAAUCUGCCUCCACUUUUUAAACGAGUGGAAGUUAGUCUGAGUGGAGUGUUGGUACUGUGCCUACAGAUAUAAACACACUUGUAACAUCAGCCCUCAAGUUCUCCUCAUUACAUCACGAAACACAAAACAUGUUUUAAAACACUUUAUUGUUUGGUUUUUCCACUAAGUACAUAGGCUUUGAAGUAAUACCAGCAAAACAAAAAAUGUCUAAAUAAAUAAAACGUUUUGGUAGGGAGCACGAAAAAAAAAAAAAGAAA